AUGGACCCUUCAAUGAACAAGCUCCUUAAGUGGAGUGUUACCAACUCCCAGCAGCAAACCGAAGAUGGCACCGUCACUGCUCCUAACCCCACCGACCAGCCCCGCGGCAAUCUGACUCCGGACAUGAUCAAUGCCCUAUUUGGCGGUCCUACCGAGGCUGACCUCAUGAAGGCUGCCAUGGAGGUCUUACACUCCGACGAGUCCGACCUCGAGAACAAGCUCAUCGCCUUUGACAACUUCGAACAGCUGAUUGAGGGCAUCGACAACGCCAACAACCUCGAGCCCUUGGGUCUCUGGACCCCAUUGGUUCAGCUCCUCAAGCACGAGGAGCCUGACUUGCGCCGAUACGCAGCCUGGUGUAUCGGCACUGCCGUACAGAACAAUGAGAAGGCGCAAGAUAAGCUUGUCGUCUUGAAUGCUAUUCCUACUCUUGCCAACAUGGCCAUUGCCGACCCCAACGCUCUCGCGCGCAAGAAGUCGAUCUAUGCGCUCUCCUCUGCCGUGCGCAACUACCAGCCUGCUUUGAAUGAAUUGGUUAAGGCUCUUCCCCAGGGUUACUCCGCCGAGAAGGUCGACUCGGGCGAUAUGGAGGCAGUGGAUGCUAUUAUGGACAAGCUGCGAGAGACUCCCGUCAGCUCUGAGUGA